CUUCGUUUAGGUCACGACUUCUACUUCGGUCUUGUCUACCCUGCAAGGCUGCGUCUGACUUCGUUUUGGCUUAAGCGCUCAAAAUCACACCUCAGUCGUGUGUGACGGCUUAUAACAAACUUCCUUGUGUACUUGUGACUUGAACUGUGAUCAGAUGACUAACUUGAUUUAAUGACUUAUGACUUGGCUUAGACUUGCAAAACUGACUUGUGUCUCGACAUGGACUUACAAAAAUUGACUUGCUACCACCUCGCGCGCCCUGCUUGCUUGAGAAAGUUGGGCAUGCAACUCUAUCAUGCCGGGACAUGCAUACCACGCGAACUUGUGCAAGUGGCGCGCUGACGAAGUCCGGUGGCGCGUCUUUCUAGUGGGUACCGGUGAAAAUAUAAAUGGGCAAAGUGGCAAAUGGGCAAAAAGCCGCAUGGGCGAAGAGGUAUUUGGGCGAAGUGACUGGCACCCGUCGGGAUUCUUGUAUCUCCAAAUGCUCUUCCGGAUAAAUUGCUGUCAGGAUACCAGACUUAAAUCGCUGAUGUAAUUGUAUAAUUAUACUACUUUAUUAGUCGCAGUUCGUGUCAGCAUUCGGAGUUACCGUGCACUAACGUGAUAUGCAGAAGAUGUCGAACUUUUCAGAGCACGAAUGAGAACGACUUGAACAAAGACCUCUGCAUUAAGAAGUCAGCUAGCUGCUGUCCCCAGUGAAGUCUGUGUGCUGUCGACUUAAGCGAGAAACAUUUAGCUAAAACUUGAUACAAAUGGGUUUAGGUUUCGAGUUCCAGAGUUUUGCUUAGCUGAGUUCUAUUUGUAGAGUGUUGUAUGAAAUAAGUACGUAGCAGAAUGGAAAUAAUUUUCCAGAAUAUUCUUCCCUUUCUGAGUCUCGAGCUCGCUACUCCUUAUGUACUGUGCACUCAGUCAGUGCAAGUUGCAAAUGACUGAAUGAGGCAUCAUUUGCCUUUCCCCGUUCAAUCCACACUGUCCAUGUUUCAUAGGCUGACACACAACCGCUUUCGUCCCGGUAAAAUGGCCAAACUGGAAAGCCUGAACUUUGACAAUCUGGCCCUUCGUUCUCUGCCAAUUGACCCAGAAACCGAGAACUUCACCAGGAGUGUCAAGGGGGCGUGUUUCUCCAGGACCUCCCCUGACCCGGUUGUCAAUCCAGAGAUGGUUGCAGUUUCCCUACCGGCUCUCCACCUGCUGGAUCUGGACGAGAAAGAGUGUGACAGGUCGGAGUUUGCCCAAUAUUUUUCCGGGAACAAGCUCUUGCCCGGCGCAGAGGUGGCUGCCCAUUGCUACUGUGGACAUCAGUUUGGCUACUUCUCUGGCCAACUGGGAGAUGGGGCUGCAAUGUACCUUGGAGAGGUAAUAAAUUCGGCCGGUGAGCGUUGGGAGAUUCAGCUCAAGGGAGCAGGGCCGACCCCUUACUCCAGGCAGAGUGAUGGGAGGAAGGUACUUCGCUCCACCAUCAGGGAGUUCCUGUGUAGUGAGGCCAUGCAUCACCUGGGUAUCCCUUCAACACGAGCCGGUUCCUGUGUCACCUCUGACACCAAGAUUGUUCGGGACGUGUUCUAUAGUGGCAAUCCCAUUAGAGAGAGAGUAACUCUGGUCCUACGAAUCGCACCAACAUUUUUCAGAUUUGGUUCGUUUGAGAUAUUUAAGCCUGUGGACCGGAUGACUGGUCGUGGUGGGCCGAGUGUGGGAAGGAAAGACGUAUUGGAACAGAUGCUGGAAUAUGUUAUCAAGACGUUUUUCCCAGAGAUCUAUGAGCAGCAGAAGGAUAACGCACAGGAGCGUUAUCUUGCCUUCUACCGUGAAGUCAUCAAGUUAACAGCACAGCUUGUUGCCAGAUGGCAAUGUGUUGGCUUCUGUCAUGGCGUGUUAAAUACUGACAACAUGAGCAUUCUUGGUCUGACCAUUGACUAUGGCCCAUAUGGUUUCCUGGAUGCCUAUAACCCAGACCACAUCUGUAACACUUCAGACGAUGGUGGUCGAUACACCUACAUCAAGCAGCCCGCCAUUUGCCGUUGGAAUCUGGAGAAGUUUGCCGAGGCGAUUCAGAUGGCACUGCCAGUAGACUUGUCCAAGGCAGAGCUGGGACUGUACGACGAGGAGUUUGACAAGUGCUACAUGCGCCAGAUGAGGAACAAACUGGGCCUCCUGAGGAAGGAGUUACCAGAAGACAAGGCCCUCGUGGAAUCGUUCCUUGACACUAUGCUCCAGACCCAGGCAGAUUUCACCAACUCUUUCCGGUGUCUGAGUCGACUAAGACUACCUGGCUUUCCGGACAGUGAGACGAGUGGUGACAAUGAUGAUGCUGUAAUGAUGUACCUGCUGGCUCAGUGCAGCACUGCAGAAGAGAUGAAGAAAUCCAUGACACCCCGGAUGGAUGCCAGAGAGUUGCAGAUGAUGAUGAUGUUGAUGCAGAUGAACCCUGACCUCUUGGCGCAGCUGGGAGGGGGACACAGGCGUCUCAUACAGGAACUGGAACGGAUGGAGAAAGCAAAGGAAAUGAAGAAUCUUACUCAGGAAGAGAAAACCAAGACUGACCGAGCCAAAUGGGAGGCAUGGCUGGACUCCUACAGGAAGAGGCUCAUCAAGGAGACAGAAGGGCUGGACAGUGAGAGCGCCCUCGGGGAGUUCAAUCAGAAGAGGGUGAAAACCAUGAACGCCAGCAACCCUAGGUUCAUCCUGAGAAACUAUAUUGCACAGAAUGCAAUUGAGGCAGCCGAGAAAGGGGACUUUACUGAGGUUCAACGUGUUCUGAAGCUGUUAGAAACGCCAUACAGUGAUACCGUAGACCUUGGUAGCCUGGCAACCAAACAGUCAACAUCAAGUGCAACUACGGAUGAAGAUGCUGGUGCCUCAUCAUCAGUUGGGUCAUGUCAGCCAGCAGUCACGCCUAUCAAGAGUUGUGCGGGGUUGGCCUACGACAGCCGACCGCCCCAGUGGGCGUCUGAGCUACGAGUUACCUGAUCCUCGUAAACUGUCUCAGUGUUGAAAAUGAGGUUGCAGCACAGCACACAUCAACAUGGCAAUAAAUGUGUCCCCUUUUUCAAAAUUUUGGCUAACAGCAUGUGUACUUUGUCAGCAAGUAAUUUUGAUUUCUGUGCAAAGGUACCACGCCCGAGCCAGGAUUCUGGUUUUAAGACUUUGGGCCUGAAUUUCUGUGCAAGUUCCUGUAAGCACAAAAUUGUGAUCAUAAGCCCUGAAAUUUGUCUUUACUGGUAUGAUGUUUGAGUUUAUGAGCUGCAACCUUUUCACUGAGACUUGCGAUAAGUCAGAACCUACUUAGCACACAGCGCACGUGAAAUUUCUGAAGGAAAACCUUUUAACCUUACAUGAUGUUUAUUUAUCUUUCUUGACAGCAAGUUUUUUUUUGUAAUGGGUCUACAAUACUGCCAUUUCACAAUAGUGCACCACCGAGAGUUUGCUACGUG